ACCGGAAGUUGGUGGGAGGAGCUUAGAAUCUGGCGCAGGGAAGCUAGCAUCUUGUAGUCCAUGUGACAUCUCAGGAGUGCUCCUGCUAAAAAAAAUAUCUGUAUGUCAAACGUGACAACAGUUUUAUUUAUUGUUGACAUUUUUAAAAAUCUGAGUAGCACCUCAAACCGGCGAGUUGCCUCGUGCUCCACUCGGACUAGUCCUCUGUAGUAUGGCCGGUCCAACCACCGAGACAGUAUUCAACAUUUUCCGAAGCAUGGAGAGCGGACCCGCUGCCCCUUCCUCCGCAGCCACCGCACAGGCCUGGCUGGAUCAUCAUUCCCGCUCUCUGGGCUUCUUCAUUGAUGGGAAGUUUGUUCAUUUGGCAGAAAGGAGGAGCCUCUCCGUUCUCGACUCUAAAGGCGGUCAGGUGUGCGGCGUGCUGUGUGCCGAAGAGGCCGACGUUUCCCAGUGCGCCGCCUCUGCUGUCAGCGCAUUCAAGUCCUGGAGCCUCCUGAGCUGCUACCAGAGAGCCAAAGUGCUGCUCAGGCUGGUGGGCGUCCUGGGGCUGCACGGUCAGUGCUUGUCGGAGCUGUCCCAGCUCUGUGCGAUGGCGUGCUCGCCUCCGUCCCUGAUCAGGCUCCUGCAGUUCUACAGCAGCUGGGCUCAGCUCCGGGACACGCUCCUCUCCGGCUGGACGCCUCUUGGUGUGGUGGCCGUUGUCACCUCUGAUGACUCUUCUGUCUACUCUCUGAUGCUGAAAGUCGUACCAGCGCUCGCCAUGGGUAACGCUGUGAUUGUUGUUCCUGGGCGGAGCGUUGCCCCUCCAGCUCUCCUCUUGGCGCAGCUUUUCUCAGGGGCGGGACUUCCUGCUGGGGUUCUCAACGUUCUAACAGGAAGUGACGUCACGCUCGGCGUCAACGUGGCCCAGAAUCCCAGCAUCUGCUACGUCACUUACAGCGGCAGCAAGCCAGACGGGCUGGCGCUGGUUCAGGCUUCAGCAGGGAUGGGGGUUCCCGUCUCCGUGUCCCCCUGCGUUGGGGCCACGUGUCCCUUCAUCAUCUUUGAGUCGGCGGACAUAAACAGCGCUGUGGACGAAGUGAUAGAGGCAGCCUUUAAGAAGAAGAGUGAGGUGCACUGGGUGUUGUGCGUGCAGGAGAGCGUGUGCGACAACGUUGUGGAUCGUCUGAAGCUGCGCUUGGCCGGGUUAAAGUGCGUUUCCCUUCAAAGUGAGGCUGACCGCAGCCUGGUGGACACCGCAGUGCAGGAAGCUCAACAGCAGGGGGCGACGUUAAUCCAGUCGUGCUCCGCCCCCCCGUCGGGGCCUCUGUAUCCUCCCACGGUGCUGUGCGGGGCGGCCCCCGCCUCGCCGUGUGUAGUCAGCCCGGCCCCUGGACCUCUGCUGCCGCUCAUGACCUUCAGAUGUCACAAAGAGGCAGUAGCUGUGGGGAACCACAGUCCUCACGGCCUGGCAGCUUCCAUCUGGACUGAAGACCUGACUCUGGCUCUGGAGACCGCCAAGAAUCUGUCGGUGGGCUCGGUGUGGGUGAAUUCCCACUCGGUGGUGGAUCCGUGUCUGCCCGUCUGCGCUCACAAAGACGGCGGCAGCUGCACAGACGGAGGACAGGAGGGUCUGUACCAGUUCCUGCGUCCGUCCGUCUCCUCUCUUCCUAUUCGUUCAUCCGCGGUCCCCUUGGAUUACUCAAAGUUUGGGACAGAAGAGUCACCAGCAGUCAUUCCUGACCCGGCCAGCUCUCCUCCGUCCUACCUGCAGUUUGUUGGGGGCAAAGCCUGUAAAUCAGUGUCUGGCUGCAGUGUUGCUGUGCAAUCACCAGGGGGCGGCGGCGGCGUGCUGGGGCUCUGUCCAGAGGGAGGCCGGAAAGAUGUCCGAAACGCCGUGGAGGCAGCGCUCAAAGUCCAGCCCGGCUGGCAGAAGAAGACUCCUUCUGCACGUGCGCUGUCGCUGCACGCUCUGGUGAAGGGCGUGGAGGCAAAGAGGCAAGAUCUCGCAACAUCACUACACACCCAGACUGGUGUGUCCAUGGACGAGGCUGAAAAGGAGGUGGAGCUAAGCAUCACCAGGCUCGCUCUGUGGGCGGCUUACUGUGACAAAGUGCAAGGAGGAUCUCUGCCCAUGCCAAAAUCGGGCUCCGCCCUCUCCUUCCCAGAAGCCCUGGGGGUUGUUGGGGUUGUCCUGCCCGAUGAAAGCCCCCUCCUCUCUAUGGUGACGCUUCUUGGAGCAGCGAUUGCCUCGGGAAACGCUGUCGUCAUGGUUCCCAGCCAGAAGCAUCCACUGCCCACCAUAGCUUUCAUUCAGGUACUGCAGUCCUCUGACCUACCAGCAGGGCUUGUUAACGUCGUGACAGGAAGGCGAGACCAGCUGACGGUGGCUCUUGCUAAUCACAGCGUCAUCAGGUCUAUCUGGUACUGGGGGAGCGCUGAGGGAUGCCGGUACCUUCAGUACACGUGCACCCGCCCCCUGAAAACCCUGAGGCUGGUGAGCCAGGAAGGCCAGGACGAAGGUGUGGACUGGACUCAGGCCAGUCCAUCGUUCUUGGAGGACCUGUGGAGGAACGCCGUCCAGUGGAAGAGCGUGUGGAUCCCCACUGCAUAAUGUGACAGUCGAAAAGAGGUCAAAGGUCAAGAAGCCACAAGACGGCAACUGUAGACGAAGAAGCGUGAUAACGUUUAGGAAAGAUGAACAAAAUCCACAGAAUAAGUGAUUUUUCUAUCCAUAUAUAUAUUUAUAUAUAUAUAUGGCAAACAAAGCAGGGAUGCCUUCUCUGUCCACACAAGAAGUUGUGAAAACCCAAAUGACUUUGACCUUUUUACAGAUUCAGUUUAAAGUGCUGCAGUCCACUUACUGUAGAUGGAAAGCUUCCAUUUUUAGGUUUUCUUUCAGUAUUCAUUCCUUUUUGUUUACCUUUUGCCUCUUGAUGCAUUGAAUCUUCCAGUGUUAAGAUUUUCUGUUCAGUUCACUCAGAACUGAGUUGUUUUGAUCCAUUUUUAAUCUAAAAUACUUGUCCUGGUGUUAUGGAUAUCUGGAUUAUCAGUGUUUUCUUUGAUCUGUUGUGCACAGAUAUACUAGUCCAGUAGAACUGUGUGAAUGACCACAAAAAAGAUUUGCAUAAACUCAACUGAAACUCUGACAUCUGUAGCACAGAAAUAUGUCUUAUUAUUGUGCUGAUGAUUUAUCAUGACUUGAAAACCGGAAGCUUUACCUUCACUUUGGGAAUUUUAUUUUUAAUCAACGGGUUCCGGAUUCUGUGCACUUCUCCAUCACAAGGGCCUGAAUAAAAACACUUUAUGAAGGACCACA